AUAUAAAAGACACACACAAAUUUGAUCAUUUAGUAUCUCACGAGUUACUGUGAAAAUAAGAGAAACGAUGGCUCGGUUAAGCUGCAUCGUAACAAUCAUCGGUAUUACACUGAUGUGCGUUAUCGCACAAGAAGACCUCUACACCGAUAAGUUCGACAACGUUGACGUUCCGGGUAUCAUUGCGAACGAUAAAUUGCGUAAUGAAUAUUAUGGUUGUUUUAUGGGAUCGUCGCCAUGCAUAACAGCCGAUGCGAAGUUCCUUAAAGAGGUUUUUAGCGAUGCUCUAAAUAAUAACUGUAAAAGAUGUACUGAGAAACAGAAGGAACAUAUGGAUUAUAUAGUGGAUUGGUAUACAAAAAAUAAACCUGAUGAAUGGCAAGCUAUCGUCGUAAAAUCUAUUGAGGAUUUAAAAAAGAAGAACGCUCGUAAAUAACGUUACUACAAACGGACAAGAAAAAUAUGAAAACAACAGGAAAUAUUAAUUAUCUAUGAAAUUAUUGAAUCUUUUAUAUUCAACAACAUCUCUUGGAGAAAUAGAAGAAAAUUUCGAGAUGUUAUAAUUAUUAGCUUAAUUAAUUCUUGUAUUGUAAUAAUGUGCUGUUGAAAUACAUUAUAUAGAAAUAUAAUAGAA